AUGGAUGAGCUCGCGACCCAUGAUCUUGCCGCCUGCAAGAAUCCUUCCUCCGCCAUCUCCGGCAUCCGCCUCUUCGGCAUCGACGUCUCCCGCGAUCGCGGCGGCGACGGCGGCAGGAGCAAGAGCGGCCGCCGCUUCGGGUGCCACUACUGCUGCCGCCACUUCCCCACCUCUCAAGCCCUCGGCGGGCACCAAAACGCGCACAAGCGCCAGCGUCUGCGGACGAGGCAUGUUCAGUUCGGUCCGGCCAUGGAGACCGGUGGCCACAGUGUGUGCGGCCUCAGUGACUGCCUUCGUUUGCCUCACCACCCUUCAUGGCGCGCUAGUGUCAGCGCCGGAGCUGGUUUCUUCGGUAGGCACGGUCCGGGGACGCAGCCGAUGACGGGUAGGCCAUUGCUAUGGGGAGUUCCUGCAGUGGUGCGUGGUGGCACGGGCGUCGGCUUGAUUUAUAGUGAUCGAAUGAUGCCAUUACCUCUGAUGCAAGGAGAUGUGUGGAAAGCGGGUGGAGCCGGUAAUGAUGCAGUUUCUUGUGCUACUACUGCCACAAGUAACGAGUAUGUAUGUGAAUCAAUGUUGAGUGUCGGUGAGACCGUGAAUUUGGAUUUGCACUUAUAA